GUGUUGGUAGGGGCCGGACGGGGCCAUGAGGAGAUGGGCAGCAACCUGAGCAAGCGGCGGUCGCAGAGCUCUGGCAACCUGAGCAGCGCUAGCAAGCUGCAGGACAAGUACAAGCUGUGCGGCUCGCUCCCCAACCACCUCGACCUCCCGAACGACAACAACAACGAGCCCAAGGACCUCGGCUAUGCCAGCGAGAGAUCGCCCGAGGACGAGGAGAAGGUGCCCCCCUUCCCCGCCUGUCCCGUCCACCACGCCCACUUCAUCAAGAAGUACCCCUUCAUCAACUCCCAUUCAGUAUUCUGGGUGACAGUGAAGAAAGGUAGCGGAGGACUAGGACUAUCUGUCUGCGGGGGAGAGCCUUGGCCCGGCCUGAUCCGGAUCAAGCGACUGUUCCCUCACCAGCCGGCCUCCCACUGUGGCCUCCUCAAUGCCGGGGAUAUCCUCCUGGCUGCUAGUGGGGUACCUCUCCUCGGCCUCACCAACUAUGAAGCACUGGAGGUACUGCGGUCAGCACCAGCUGAGGUCAAACUGACAGUGUGCAGGCCGCCUGAGACCGUGCUGCCUCCUGUUGAGAGCCACCCUCCACCACCACCUCCGAGGGACCAGCCUCCGCUCCCUCCUGUCACGCAGUAUGGGGAGUUCGAGAUUGUAAUGGAAAAAAUGAACGGCUCUCUUGGUUUCACCUUGAGAAAGGAGGACCAGAGUGUACUAGGUCACUACGUUCGGGCACUGGUGAGAGAACCAGCUCUCUCUGACCCUCGAAUACGUCCAGGAGAUAAAAUAGUAGCUGUGAACGAUGUGGACAUGUCAAGCUUGAGCCAUGAGGAGGCGGUGGCCUAUUUGCGGCAGUGUGGCUCCCUCGUGAGGCUGAGGCUGUAUCGCGAUCCCGCACAGACUCCUCUUCAGCCUCACUCACCAACGCAUUCUCAUCGUACCUUCAAGCCCAUACUCAGGAAGGAAGCACAGGACAUGCUUAGUGAGCUGGCCGUGAAGAAGUCUCAGUCUCCUCAAGACUCAUCAGGUUCAAGUAAAGGCUCUUCACCAAGGAAGAGGAGACUGACAAGGACACCUCCUCCUACAGAUAGCAUAGAUAGUAUUGAUAGCACUGAUGAAAUAAAACCACACAGGCCAGAACAGCUCAGGGUCAUAGGAGAGCAGAAAAAGAAUUACCACUUUUCACAAAACUUAGCUGCCCAAUCGUCAGAGGAGGAGCUCGUUGGCGGAGGACUGUGCGGGAGCGAGCCGCUGCCAAACGAGCCUGUCAGCAUGCCACCUCUCGGCUCCGUCGACCAGGACACUGGCUUCUCUUACAGGAACCCUGCCUACAGAUCAGCUAAUCCUCCUCAGACAAGGCCUCUCGUACCACAGGAGAUAAAUGAAACUGGUUGCUCUGAACAGGACAUCCCUACAGCUAUAGUAGACGGUGGCGGGACAAAAGGUCUGCUAAAGUGGAAAGGAGUUCUCUUCCCUGAGAAUGAAAAUGUCUCCUCAACUUCUAACUCUCAGGAAGAAGUAGAUUCGGUUAUAUCUAGUCAGAAACUGCAGUCAUUCAAUGAACAACAACCGCCACAGGAACAGCCUGAAUACCAGGUGGUUAUUGUAGAACUGAAUAGAGGCUGGAACAGUAGGUUGGGAUUCAGCCUGCAGCCGUCCUCCGAUGGGGGAUCUUUUAUUAGUGCCAUAUACCCAGAUAGCGUGGCCUCCAGGGAUGGCCGGCUAAGGAUCGGAGACAGGAUUAUUAAUGUCAAUGAUGAAGGGAUUGAAGAUAUGAGUACAGCAGAUGUAAUAGAUCUAUUAAGAAAAAUUCGUGGAAGUAUUUCGUUAACUCUACUUCGAAAAUCGCAAUAA